AAUUAUGAAUGAUUUAAAAUUUUCCGAAAUUUCGUUCAACUACAAAUGGAUAGACAGGGCUUCAGGUGUCAUGUUAAUUCGUACGAGUAGCAGGUUAGAAACUUCGCAUUUAUUUUACAUUUGCAGUUAAUAUGGACGAAGAAUAUAAAAUCUUAAAACAAGGUGCAGAGGCAAAACUUUACAUGUGUAAUUAUCUUGGAAAGCCCACAUUGAUAAAAGAAAGGUUUAAAAAGAAUUAUCGCCAUUCAGAUUUAGAUACAUCUAUUACAAAGGAGAGAAUAAAAAAUGAGGCACGUUCUAUAGUGCGCUGUAAAACAGCUGGUGUAAAAACUCCUUGCUUAUAUUUGGUUGACUUUGAGAGAAGGCGUAUCUACAUGCAACAUUUUGAAGAAAGCAUAACAGUGAAAGACUUUAUAAUAAAUGUAGUUAGUAAAAAUCAAAUAAAUAGUUCUGGAGAAACAGAUUCUAUAAAAGUAUUAGAUGUUGUUGCAAAAAUGAUUGGAGAAGCAGUUAGGAAGAUGCAUGAGAACAAUAUAAUACAUGGGGAUUUAACUUCAUCAAACAUGUUACUGGUCCCAAAGUCUCCUACAGGGGCAAUAGAUGACUCAAAAUGGUUGGAUAUAGAUAAUUUAGAAUUAGUAAUGAUAGAUUUUGGAUUGUCAUUUAUUGAUAGUAGUACUGAAGAUAAAGGUGUUGAUUUGUAUGUAUUAGAGAGAGCUUUGAUUAGUACACAUAAUGAUUUUCCUGAUUUGUUCAGCAAAAUUCUAGAAUCAUAUAGAAACUUCAGUAAAAACAAUGUAAAAGAAGUAUUGUGUAAAUUUGAAGAAGUUCGAGCAAGAGGACGCAAGAGAACUAUGGUGGGAUAGAGGUUUAUUUUAAUUGCUUAUAGUUUACUUAUUUUUCUAAUUAAACUUCAGUACGGUAAAAUCUGCAGAACUGCCUUGUUUCUCACAUAACCCCAAACAGUCACAAUGUUAUUUGCAAAUCUUGUUGGUUGCAUAGUUAAAUGAUGUUAAUUUGUUGCAUGUCUAAAUAAUGGUAUUUUAUUCUUGUUCUGUAAUCCUUUAGAUUACAGAAAAAAGGAAAAAAUAUUAUAUCUGAUCAUAUAUAAUGUAAUAUUAUUCUAAAUAUGAUAUUAUUCUAGUUAUUCAAGCUCAAAGACCAGACUUAAUAAAUUGACAUUUGGUAUGAUGUAGAGGUUGAAAUAACUGCUUAAAAUUUUUAAGCAUUGUUACGUUGUACGAUUUUUUUAACUGACGUUUGGAAAUCGUUAUAUUAAGCGUGCAACAUUAUAUUAUUGCUACAUAGUAUAAAACAAAGUCGCUUUCUCUGUCCCUAUAUUCCUAUGUAUAUUUAAAUCUUUAAAACUACGCAAUGGAUUUUGAUGUGGUUUAUUUUUCAUAAAUAGGGUGAUUCAAAAGAAAGGUUUUUAUGUAUAAUACAAGAUCACAAUACUAUUACCGUUUCUCGACAUUUUAUUUACACAAUCUUAAAACUAAUGCAGUUUAAUUAUAUUUAUAAUGUUUUAAAUACACACCAUCACCUCAUAACAAAAUCUAGUUACAUUGUUUAUUUAGGAAUAAACAAAAGUCAUUGCUGCUACUUAAGUAGCAGUUUAUUUACGCAUACAAUGAGGGAAGUACCUAUUUAAAAAAGUAAAGAAAUUACAAAAAAAUAUGUCAUUAGAUGGCAGCACAAAUUGUUGGAUCUAAACGUCAAUUCAUGACGUUAAACCAAAGAGAAUAGAAUAGUCAGUGUUGUUAUGGAUCUGAUAACUCUGAUGAAUAUCGUGUUGAAAUUUAAUUAGUUCGAGUUACGCAAACGCAACUCGAUAAAUACAAAGUGAUCUUUGAAUAAUUUUUUUUUUAUUUGUAUAGAGGAAAAUGGAAAUUAACAUAAUGGAAGUGAGCACAGAGCUAUUAGAUUUAUGGAAAUCCAUUGAAUUA